CCGAGCGGCAUCUUUGCCCUAUAAUCCUCCGCGGCGGCGGAAGUGCUUUCUUUUCCCUCCCGGGCGGCGCGGCUCAAGAUGGCGGUGCAGAUCUCUAAGAAGCGAAAGUUUGUGGCUGACGGUAUCUUCAAAGCUGAAUUGAAUGAAUUUUUGACCCGGGAGCUGGCUGAAGAUGGCUACUCUGGAGUGGAAGUUCGCGUUACCCCAACCAGGACGGAAAUCAUUAUCCUUGCAACCAGAACUCAGAAUGUUUUGGGUGAGAAAGGGCGACGUAUCCGUGAAUUGACCGCUGUGGUCCAGAAACGAUUUGGCUUUCCCGAAGGCAGUGUUGAGCUCUAUGCAGAGAAGGUGGCCACACGGGGGCUGUGCGCAAUUGCCCAGGCAGAAUCCCUGCGUUACAAGCUCCUGGGGGGGCUUGCUGUGCGUCGGGCAUGUUACGGCGUCCUCCGCUUCAUCAUGGAGAGUGGAGCCAAGGGCUGUGAAGUGGUGGUGUCGGGGAAGCUCCGUGGCCAGCGAGCCAAGUCCAUGAAGUUUGUGGAUGGUCUGAUGAUCCACAGCGGAGACCCCGUCAACUACUAUGUCGACACUGCCGUGCGUCACGUCCUCCUCAGGCAGGGUGUGCUGGGUAUUAAGGUUAAGAUCAUGCUGCCCUGGGACCCAAGCGGCAAGAUUGGACCGAAGAAGCCCUUGCCAGAUCACGUCAGCAUCGUGGAGCCGAAGGAGGACAUCUUGCCCACCACCCCCAUUUCGGAGCAGAAAGGGGCGAAGCCAGAGCAGCCCCCCAUGCCCCAGCCUGUCCCCACCGCCUGAGGGGGUUUUCCAGCAUCUGGAACAAAGAGUUUGAUGUCUUGUAAAAAAAAAUCUCCUAAUAAAAUCAGAAAAGACAACA